CCCGCUGUUUCCACCUUCAACAACGCUCAGCUUCGAGGCACCGUGGCUCUCCUGUGAACGUUGCUCUGCGCCAGUUGCUGUAUUCUUUGUUGAAGAUACGAUAUCUUUGUUCUGACUCGGCCUGUGUCCUUUUGUCUGUGCGGAAGAGAUAACGAUGAGGCCUUCCUUGUUGUUGACGUUGGUGUGCGGUGUCUACUCGUCGCAGAUCCCGCCGAGGGACUACGAGACGAAGAGCUACUUCGCUGUGGAGCUGGAUGACCGGUCCCAGAUACGGAGCCUGCUGCUGUCGUUCCCUCACUGGCACUACGAACACGACGCCAGAGGCAAUCCUGGACACUAUGUGUUUUCUCAGCCUAAGCACCUUGACGGUGAUGGAAGCGACGAUGACGGCGGCUCGCUGCACAAGAGACUCGACUUCACCGAGCUGGACCUGUCUGAUGAAGGAAUAAGGUCGAUACACCAGCUGUCGCCAAGGAGACUGGUUAAAAGAGCGCCAGUGCCGGUGGUGCUUGCUGAUCCACCAAUGGAUUCGUCGAUGCAACGUGUCCAAGACGCUCAAGAGCAGUUCCAAAUACAGGACCCUGAGUUCGCUUCUCAGUGGCACCUGAUCAACCCCUCUUACCCUUCGCACGACGUGAACGUCACGGGCGUGUGGGCCCAGAACAUAACGGGGAAUGGUGUUGUUGCUGCAGUCAUUGACGAUGGGCUUGAUUACGAGAAUAAGGAUCUCGCUGAUAACUUCUGUGAAGAAGGCUCCUGGGACUACAACGCCAACCAGAAGCUGCCGAAACCAACGCUGAGAGAUGACUACCAUGGCACCAGAUGUGCUGGCGAGAUUGCUGCGGUAAAGAACGACGUGUGUGGUGUCGGCGUGGGCUUCAAUUCAAAGGUUUCUGGUAUCAGAAUUCUUUCUGGUGAUAUCACACAGGAGGAUGAAGCUGCUGCGCUGGUCUAUGGCUUAGACGUCAACGACAUCUACUCCUGCUCCUGGGGGCCUUCGGAUAACGGUAAAACGAUGGAGGCACCUAGCAAGCUGGUUAAAAGAGCUAUCAGAAGAGGUGUUCAGGAGGGAAGAAAGGGGAAAGGUGCUAUCUAUGUCUUUGCCUCUGGUAAUGGUGGCAUGCACGGCGAUAACUGUAACUACGAUGGCUAUACAAACAGCAUCUACUCGAUCACAGUUGGUGCUCUUGACCACAAGGGACUACACCCACCUUACUCUGAAGCAUGUUCAGCUGUCUUGGUGGUGACUUACAGCUCAGGUUCAGGAGAAUACAUCCACUCGACUGAUUUGCACGACCAGUGUACUGCACACCACGGUGGUACCUCUGCAGCUGCACCACUUGCUGCUGGUGUCUACACCUUAGUCUUGGAGGCCAACCCAGAAUUGACAUGGAGAGAUGUUCAGUACAUCACCAUUUUGUCUUCUGACUUGAUCAACGAAAACGAUGGCGAGUACCAGGACACUGCAAUGGGCAAGAAGUACUCGCACAAGUACGGCUAUGGUCGAUUGGAUGCCUGGAAGAUUGUGGAGCUGGCCAAGACAUGGGAGAACGUUAACGAGCAAGUCCAUAUUUCCUCUGAUACCGUUGGUGCCAACGUCAAAGUGGACAAGGAGUACACUCAUGAAUUCGACAUUGAUCAGUUGGGAGACUUCAAGAACUUGGAACACGUUCAACUACAUCUCAAUAUGGAUACCUCGAUAAGAGGACAGGUAUCAAUAGACCUGAUCUCACCAAGUGGCACUGUGUCGAACCUGGGAGUUGUUAGAAAGCUGGACAAAUCCAAGGAUGGCUUCAAGAAUUGGACAUUCAUGACAGUGGCACACUGGGGAGACAGCUCACCAAACGGUAAGUGGAAAGUUCGUGUUGAAAACCAUGAUGACACCAACAACGUGGUCUUGAAGGACUUCAAAUUGAGCUUCUAUGGCCAAAAGAAAGACAACGAUGUGACAGAGCCUGUGAAUGCUGUUGUCUCUCAGAAGUCUGAGGUGUCUGACUUGUCGGUGUCAUCCGAAGUCACCUCAUCUUCUGCAACCAGUGUUUCAUCCGUACAAGUGGAAUCAUCUGAAUCUGCCACCACAUCAUCCGAAGUGGCAGUCACGUCAUCGGAAACCUCGCCUGUGCCAACAGACACACAGGAGCAAACCGAUGAUGAGUCCAAAUCCACGGAGGGCCAGUACACUGACAGAUGGUCUCCUCACUAUGUCAAUUACUUCCUCGCCAUUAUUGUCGUGGGAUUCUUCGCCAUCCUCAUAUACAACUUUGUGCUGACUCGUCGUCUCAUCAGAAGACGUGAACAGUACGAAUUCGAUAUCAUCAGACCAGAUGAUACAGAUACAAGUGAAGAUGAUACCAGCAUAUUCACCUUGGACACCAGUGAUAACAACAGGCUGGACAAUAUAGACGUUGGUGAGUCUGAUGAUGAAGACAAUGAGGACAGCCGUUUGGCCGGUUCCCAAACCACGAGCACUAGACGAUCUGAUAGCUUUGAAGUGGACACUGAUGAGGAUGAUGAUGGAGACAACCGCACAAGCACUACAAAGUGAAGAUCCAUUCCAAAAGAACAAAAGAUGGGCCAUUUAUUUCCUUUCCCUGCUUAUCUUUAC